UUCUCAUUUCCUUAAGUUACUAUCCUUUCCCCUUAUCUUCUCCACCAACCCUCCAAUUUCGUUUUUCUUCAACAAUUACAGAAACCAAAACCUCCAUUCUCUCACAUAUUCAUCCACCAAAUCGAUCAUCAAGAUUUUCCUUGGUGGAUCCCCAAACAAACUUCACACGAUUGAGGUUGUUUAUAUCGUGUGCAAGUUGAAGAACUUGAGACAUUUGAGGGCCUACGGUUUGAACUUUUGAAGUCGUGUGGGACUGUUGAAUUGUUGUAUGCUAAAAGGGCUGAGGAGUUAAGUUAUGGCCUCUUCUUCUCGUAGACCUAUGGAAGCUGCUCGUGAAGAUACAGGUGACUCUCAUUCCCAACCUCAUACACAAGAAGGAAUUGGCGAACAGUCCUCGGGUCAGUCUAUUCCUCAUACUAGUGGGUCUGGUGUGGGAAAUCAACAAGGAGUAAGAGUUGGUCCACAUCCUCACAUGAGCCCUGGUACUCACGUUAUGAACCCUCCUUUUCAACAAAUGGCUGAAUUCUUUCACCGUAUGGCUGAAACGAUCCAUGACCCCCGUGGGUUAAACUUUGAAAAAAUGAGGAAAAUGGGUGGAGUUGAAUUUGAAGGUACUAUUGAUCCCACAGAUGCUGAACAAUGGCUUGAGCGCAUGGAGAGAGUGUUUGAACAGUUGGAGUGUUCUGAUGUUGCCAAAUUCAAGUAUGCCAUCUCGUUAUUGCAGAAGGAUGCUUAUGACUGGUGGGUAGGUGUGCCAAAUGCAAAAGCAAAACCUCCAGUUCUUACUUGGGAUGAUUUUGUUAAAGAGUUUCGUAUGAAAUAUGUCCCGCCUGCUUAUUGUGAUGCUAAGAAAAAAGAGUUUUUGAAUCUAAGGCAACGAGGCAUGUCUAUUGCUGAGUAUCAACAAAAGUUUCUUAGACUCUCUCGUUAUGCUGGAGGCAUUAUUACCGAUGAAAAAGAUAAAUGCAGGAGAUUUGAAGAUGGCCUAAACGAUUCCAUUAGAAAGAAUGUGGCAAUCCUGCAACAUGAGAACUUUUGUAAAUUAGUUUCUGCUGCUUUCACUUGGGAAAGACUUGAUAGGGAAGAAGCUAGUAGACAUGAAAAUAGAUUCCGGAAGCCUAGGUCAGAUUUUGGAGGUCCAUCCAAGAAGGGAAGGUUUGAUGAUUCUAAGGCUGGUAGUGUCAACAAGUCAAAUCAACAGAAACAAAGCAGACUAGAUUUUUCUACAGCUAGUACCCCGAGUUAUAGCCAAGGCAAGACUCGCGUUCCCACUUGUGCAGAAUGUGGAAAGAAUCAUUAUGGUGCUUGUAGGAGAGCUUCUGGUGCUUGUUUUAAUUGUGGAAGCUUUGAUCAUAAAGUGAAGGACUGUCCAAAUCCUAAAAAUGUUCCUCCCGUGUACACUGAGGGCUUAGUACAGAAGUCUUCUAAUAAUCCUCCACAAACCAAUAGAGGUGCAAGGCCUAAAACCAACCAAGCAGCAGGGGCAAAGAGAUGA